AUCAGGCUCAGGGAGGAAUCAGUCAUCAUCACAGCAGCCAGCAUGCAUUUGAUACAUCUGGAUGUCGGACUUGUUCUUGAUAUCCAGUUUCAGCUUCUCAUCUCCAGCUUCUGGGUUUUUGGCUUCAGUGGAGACCUGCAUGUCAGACUUAUGCAGCUGUGAGAGGGCACUUGUCGCUGGCAACUGUGAGGAUGACAGGUGCCAAAUAAAGGGUUCAGAGAACUGUAACUUGACCAUCCAGGCUGCACUGGACCACUUUCCAUCCCUGCAAGGGUGCGUGUGUACAUGGGAGGAGGAGUUCUGUGACUCCAUACAAAUGCUGGCCACACAAUGCCUCCAAAAGCCAGCAAUUCAGCAGGGGAAGAUCACACCGACUGUCUGGAAAUCAAGUAAUUUAGCAGACAAUGAUGUGCUUCUUCCAGUGUAUGAAGGCUCUGGAUCCUGUGUGGACCGCAUUGGUCAUUGUGUGAGUGAGCCUGUUUGCAACAAGCGUCUCACUCCUGUUCUUCAAGCGUGCAUGGCUGAUCAGUGUGACAAUGAAAGGUGUCGGCAGGAAAUUCAACAGUUCUACGGAGGCAUGCCUCAACAGUCUGCCGAGAUGCUGGUGAUGUGUGAGUGUGACGACUCAGAUCAAAGCUGUUUGCUCAUGAAAUCCGGGCUGCAGAGCGGGGCUUGUGGAGUUGAGACAAGGAUCUGCCAAGAAAGAGUCACUCAGUGUGUCCAAGACAGCAACUGCAGGUACCUCUUGAAAACACUCCAAGACAAAUGUUGGAAUCAUGAAGAAAUCCUAUGCAGUGAAAGAAAUCUCCAAGAAAAUGAAUGUUUUACUUUAAAGGAUCCCGCUCUUAUCCUUGGCACAAAUUCUGAAUGCAGAAGGGCCUUUUUAGCCACUUUGGGUACGGUGCUUCAUCAUCCUUGCACAUGCAAAGGAGUGCACAGCAAUCAUCUACGGAUGUGCAACAUGAUUCUUGAAGUAUUUCACAACAGACUACACUUCAUGAAACUGGUGAAAAGCAACAUCAGCCCUUCCAAAGCACCUGAAAUCAAUGAAUCCGAGCAUUCUCACAUGUGGCCAUAUGGUUACCUCUUGUAUGCUUUUUCAGCUCUCUUCCUUGCUGGAGUUGUCAUAAUAUCACCUCUGGUUUUUCUCAGUAAGAUGUGGUUGAAAAGGAGAGAGCAGAUAAAACUUAACCAUCAAAGGAAGGUAAUUGUAUCUGGAGGUCGCUGCUUGGUGGAAGUUAUUAUGUUGCAAAAUAAAUUCCCUAUUCAAAGUAUCACGUCCUGGAGUCAUUCAGUGACUUGCAAAACUAUUUACACCUUCCUGAACUUUUUCCCCCACUUAACAUCAGCAAUUUUUUAAGGCAGCAUCACAGAUAGUAUGUAGUAAUGAGAUAUAAGAAA